AUGUUGGAGGCAGGUUAUAUACUCCCCGACAGAGACACAGCCAUGUUGGAGGCAGGUUAUAUACUCCCCCACAGAGACACAGCCAUGUUGGAGGCAGGUUAUAUACUCCCCCACAGAGACACAGCCAUGUUGGAGGCAGGUUAUAUACUCCCCCACAGAGACAGCCAUGUUGGAGGCAGGUUAUAUACUCCCCCACAGAGACACAGCCAUGUUGGAGGCAGGUUAUAUACUCCCCCACAGAGACACAGCCAUGUUGGAGGCAGGUUAUAUACUCCCCCCACAGAGACACAGCCAUGUUGGAGGCAGGUUAUAUACUCCCCGACAGAGACACAUUCAUGUUGGAGGCAGGUUAUAUACUCCCCCACAGAGACACAGCCAUGUUGGAGGCAGGUUAUAUACUCCCCCACAGAGACACAGCCAUGUUGGAGGCAGGUUAUAUACUCCCCCACAGAGACAGCCAUGUUGGAGGCAGGUUAUAUACUCCCCCACAGAGACACAGCCAUGUUGGAGGCAGGUUAUAUACUCCCCCACAGAGACACAGCCAUGUUGGAGGCAGGUUAUAUACUCCCCCACAGAGACACAGCCAUGUUGGAGGCAGGUUAUAUACUCCCCCACAGAGACACAGCCAUGUUGGAGGCAGGUUAUAUACUCCCCCACAGAGACACAGCCAUGUUGGAGGCAGGUUAUAUACUCCCCCACAGAGACACAGACAUGUUGGAGGCAGGUUAUAUACUCCCCCACAGAGACACAGCCAUGUUGGAGGCAGGCUAUAUACUCCCCCACAGAGACACAGCCAUGUUGGAGGCAGGUUAUAUACUCCCCCCACAGAGACACAGCCAUGUUGGAGGCAGGUUAUAUACUCCCCGACAGAGACACAACCAUGUUGGAGGCAGGUUAUAUACUCCCCCACAGAGACACAGCCAUGUUGGAGGCAGGUUAUAUACUCCCCCACAGAGACACAGCCAUGUUGGAGGCAGGUUAUAUACUCCCCCCACAGAGACACAGACAUGUUGGAGGCAGGUUAUAUUCUCCCCCACAGAGACACAGCCAUGUAGGAGGCAGGUUAUAUACUCCCCCACAGAGACAGCCAUGUUGGAGGCAGGUUAUAUACUCCCCCACAGAGACACAGCCAUGUUGGAGGCAGGUUAUAUACUCCCCCACAGAGACACAGCCAUGUUGGAGGCAGGUUAUAUACUCCCCCACAGAGACACAGCCAUGUUGGAGGCAGGUUAUAUACUCCCCCACAGAGACACAGCCAUGUUGGAGGCAGGCUAUAUACUCCCCCACAGAGACACAGCUAUGUUGGAGGCAGGUUAUAUACUCCCCCACAGAGACACAGCCAUGUUGGAGGCAGGCUAUAUACUCCCCCACAGAGACACAGCCAUGUUGGAGGCAGGUUAUAUACUCCCCCACAGAGACAGCCAUGUUGGAGGCAGGUUAUAUACUCCCCCACAGACACACAGACAUGUUGGAGGCAGGCUAAAUACUCCCCCACAGAGACACAGCCAUGUUGGAGGCAGGUUAUAUACUCCCCCACAGAGACACAGCCAUGUUGGAGGCAGGUUAUAUACUCCCCCACAGAGACAGCCAUGUUGGAGGCAGGCUAUAUACUCCCCCCACAGAGGUAGCAAUGUUGGAGGCAGGUUAUAUACUCCCCCACAGAGACACAGCCAUGUUGGAGGCAGGUUAUAUACUCCCCCACAGAGACACAGCCAUGUUGGAGGCAGGUUAUAUACUCCCCCACAGAGACACAGCCAUGUUGGAGGCAGGUUAUAUACUCCCCCACAGAGACACAGCCAUGUUGGAGGCAGGCUAUAUACUCCCCCCACAGAGACAGCCAUGUUGGAGGCAGGUUAUAUACUCCCCCACAGAGACACAGCCAUGUUGGAGGCAGGUUAUAUACUCCCCCACAGAGACACAGCCAUGUUGGAGGCAGGUUAUAUACUCCCCCACAGAGACACAGCCAUGUUGGAGGCAGGUUAUAUACUCACCCACAGAGACACAGCCAUGUUGGAGGCAGGUUAUAUACUCCCCCACAGAGACACAGCCAUGUUGGAGGCAGGUUAUAUACUCCCCCACAGAGACACAGCCAUGUUGGAGGCAGGUUAUAAACUCCCCCACAGACUCAGAGCCAUGUUGGAGGCAGGUUAUAUACUCCCCCACAGAGACAGCCAUGUUGGAGGCAGGUUAUAUACUCCCCCACAGAGACACAGCCAUGUUGGAGGCAGGUUAUAUACUCCCCCACAGAUACACAGCCAUGUUGGAGGCAGGCUAUAUACUCCCCCACAGAGACAGAGCCAUGUUGGAGGCAGGUUAUAUACUCCCCCACAGAGACACAGCCAUGUUGGAGGCAGGUUAUAUACUCCCCCACAGAGACACAGCCAUGUUGGAGGCAGGUUAUAUACUCCCCCACAGAGACACAGCCAUGUUGGAGGCAGGUUAUAUACUCCCCCACAGAGACACAGCCAUAUUGGAGGCAGGUUAUAUACUCCCCCACAGAGACACAGCCAUGUUGGAGGCAGGUUAUAUACUCCCCCUCAGAGACACAGCCAUGUUGGAGGCAGGUUAUAUACUCCCCCUCAGAGACACAGCCAUGUUGGAGGCAGGUUAUAUACUCCCCCACAGAGACAGCCAUGUUGGAGGCAGGUUAUAUACUCCCCCACAGAGACACAGCCAUAUUGGAGGCAGGUUAUAUACUCCCCCUCAGAGACACAGCCAUGUUGGAGGCAGGUUAUAUACUCCCCCACAGAGACAAAGCCAUGUUGGAGGCAGGUUAUAUACUCCCCCACAGAGACACAGCCAUGUUGGAGGCAGGCUAUAUACUCCCCCCACAGAGACAGCCAUGUGUGAGGCAGGUUAUAUACUCCCCCACAGAGACACAGCCAUGUUGGAGGCAGGUUAUAUACUCCCCCACAGAGACACAGCCAUGUUGGAGGCAGGUUAUAUACUCCCCCACAGAGACACAGCCAUGUUGGAGGCAGGUUAUAUACUCCCCCACAGAGACACAGCCAUGUUGGAGGCAGGUUAUAUACUCCCCCACAGAGACACAGCCAUGUUGGAGGCAGGUUAUAUACUCCCCCACAGAGACACAGCCAUGUUGGAGGCAGGUUAUAUACUCUCCCACAGAGACACAGCCAUGUUGGAGGCAGGUUAUAUACUCCCCCACAGAGACACAGCCAUGUUGGAGGCAGGUUAUAUACUCCCCCACAGAGACACAGCCAUGUUGGAGGCAGGUUAUAUACUCCCCCACAGAGACACAGCCAUGUUGGAGGCAGGUUAUAUACUCCCCCACAGAGACACAGCCAUGUUGGAUGCAGGUUAUAUACUCCCCCACAGAGACACAGCCAUGUUGGAGGCAGGCUAUAUACUCCCCCACAGAGACACAGCCAUGUUGGAGGCAGGUUAUAUACUCCCCCACAGACUCAGAGCCAUGUUGGAGGCAGGUUAUAUACUCCCCCACAGAGACAGCCAUGUUGGAGGCAGGUUAUAUACUCCCCCACAGAGACACAGCCAUGUUGGAGGCAGGUUAUAUACUCCCUCACAGAUACACAGCCAUGUUGGAGGCAGGCUAUAUACUCCCCCACAGAGACACAGCCAUGUUGGAGGCAGGUUAUAUACUCCCCCACAGAGACACAGCCAUGUUGGAGGCAGGUUAUAUACUCCCCCACAGAGACACAGCCAUGUUGGAGGCAGGUUAUAUACUCCCCCACAGAGACACAGACAACACACCACAACCAUCACAGAAAGACACAGGAGUAGACAGGAAAGGGCUGGCGUGGAAUGCUGAAAGUUAGGACGUUCCACUCAUAAUAAACAAAGUAAAAAAUAAGGUGUCAUUUGGGACGUGGCAAUAGUAUAUGUACGGGGCUGCUAUAUCCUAAUGAAGUGUCAUCUCACGUAACAGAGUCAGCCCUCAUCCAAUUACACUGUCUGUUUGUCUGCCAGCCUCCCUGCACAAUGGAUGUGUGUGUCUGUGUGUGUGUGUGUGUGUGUGUGUGUGUUUGCGUACCUCCAUUUUAUCUUCCACUGUUGACUUAUUUGAUUUGUGUCCCUCUGUUCUAUUCUGUCUCACUGAUGUUUACCCUAAAGUGGGGAACAUAGGCAAUUGGCCCCUUUUGGCCUGCAGAGUUGUAUUGUAAUGUAAGGACUAAUUAGAUUUGUCUCAAGUUUGCCCCUCAGUCCUUUGAGGAACGAAACAGGGGUGUCCUUUUAGGUCACCCCCCCCCCCUCAUUUGUUGGCUUAUUUGAUUCAGGCCCUUAAUUUCCUGUUGUCUCAUCUGAGUUUUCCCAAGGCAGGCAAUACCAGAACAUUGCUAUACCGUUUUGCCUGCAGCAUUUUGUUACCUGUUUAUUGGUCCUUAUAUGAGGUAUUUUCUGGAGUCUUUAGGCAUUAGGCAACUUUGAAGAACAGAAUGGGUUUGAACAGGGAUGUUCCUCUGAGUCGUUGGGAUGGAUGGGCUGCUUCUGUUUAAAUAAAUAUGGCACUCUGCUCUCCGCUUUGCCACCCUCAGACAUGACUAAUGGCAGCCAGAGCUGCCAGCAGAACGGACACUUUGAGCGAUGGGGUGAGGAGAUAAAUAAAGCA